AUGAGCGCGACCGCAUCCGGCGCCGACACAGGUGGUGGAGCCCAGCGACGAUGCACCCCCGAACAAAAAGCCGCCGUGCUACGCAUCCGCCGCUGCAGCCCCACGGCCUUCUACGACAUCCUCGAGCUCGAAACCGUCCGGACGACGGCGACGGACUCCGACAUCAAAAAGGCCUACAGGAGACUGUCGCUGCUGACGCACCCGGACAAAAACUGCCACGAGCACGCCGACGAGGCGUUCAAGAUGGUCAGCAGGGCCUUUGGCGUCCUGGGCGAUAAGGAGAAGAGGGAAAAGUAUGACAAGUUCGGGACAGAUCCCGAUAGUCGGUUCGCGAGCGCGCAGCAGCAGCAACAGAAUCCUUUUGCUGGGUUUGCGAGGAGGCAUCCUUCGGGGGCGGCGGGGCCGGGUGGUGGUGGGUUCCCGGGCGGUGGCGGCGGGUGGCAGGAAGAGAUGACGCCAGAGGAGAUGUUUCAGAGGUUCUUUGGUGGUGGUGGGUUCGGUGGUGGACCUUUUGGAGCGUUCGAUACGGGUCCUCAAUUUGUGUUCAACUUCGGCGGCGGUCCUGGUAUCCGAGUCCAUCAGUUCGGCGGAGCUCGCCCCCGGCGGCGACCGCGUGAAGCCAACGACCAAGACGACGGCGGCAGCAUGCUCCAAACCCUCCUCGGUCUUCUACCCAUCCUCUUCUUCUUCGUCAUUCCGCUCAUCUCAUCCCUCAUCUCCGGCAACAGUGCGGCGACAAAACAACCCGCUGGCCCUCGGAUGGUCUUCGACAACCCCAUGCCACCGUACACCCAGAAGCGACAGACGCCCAACUUCAAGGUCAACUACUUUGUGAACCCGGCCGACAUCGACUCGUAUUCGAACAGCAAGCUCUCGCAACUAGACAAGACCGCGGAGUCGAAUCUUCUUAGGGUGUUGAGGACGGAGUGCGAUACGGAGCUGAGGACGAAGCAGAGACUUGUUGACGAGGCGAAUGGGUGGCUUUUCCAGGAUGAGGAGAAGAUGGAGAGGGCGAAGGCUUAUGAGAUGCCGGGAUCUCUGAGGAAUACGACACGGAUCCUCGCGGCACCACUGAUCUACCAGCAACAGGCGGCUAAGAGAGCAACGACGACCGGAUCCUUCCACGCAGCCUAG